CACUUAAUGGAACAUAUGAGAUGAGAAGGGAGAGCUUCUGUCCGUGGCCAGAGAGUGCCACUUGGUGCUUAUUUAAGAGAGUAGCCAGCAUAAUCAGGCCAUUACUGUCUAACUUUCUGUCAGUACUAUCUGCAUAUCGACAACUUCUUUGAACAUACUCUUCAUGUGACACUGUCAGAAAAGAUAUACUUUUAGCUGGAAAGAAACUGAAGAAGUGGCAGCAUCUGUUUCGCCUUCACAUGGAUCCAUCCAUUAGACUAUUACAUUAGGAAGAACCACACUGAAUGGUUGUUUUUCCUGCCUAUUUUUAGACAUAAACAAACAUCAUUAUCUGCCUCUUUCUCUUCAUCCUUUCUGAACUGAAGGUCAUACUCACUUAAAAUGAAAAUAAGGACCAACAAUAAGAAUCAUCCCUAAAUUUAGAUAACAGAUAUCAAAAGAAAUCUCACGUACCAGUUUUACCUCCUCUGAAAUCUUCGGCAUGCACCAGACUAGAGAUAUGCUAGAACCACCAAUGUAUUCUAGUUUCCUUUCAAAACCAGAAGAUUGUGUCUGUGUCCUGUGGGGUUGUGAACUGACUGCAAGCAACAGGAGGUUUGCAUUUGAGGUUCCAGAAGAUUACAGAGAACAUCAGCUUUCCCUAAGAACUAUUUGUUUAGGUGCGGAAGCUGGGGAUGAGCUAAAUGUUGUAGCAGUGGAAUCCAUGUACACUCACAAUGCAAAGCCAGUAAUCAUUGCAUCUCUCCGCUCUUCAGUCCUUCCAAUGGUUAGUAUAUAUGGUAUUGAUCUGCUCCCUCCUGCAACCUUUAUGCUAAUAUCCGGAUCGGGCCCUGUUUAUAUCUCAGGACAGCACCUAAUAUUGGAAGAAGAGAUGGAGGAGGAAUACAUCCCAAUUAAUGAGCUGAGUAUCGAUGACCUACAGUACAGCCCUUACUGAUGAAGGUGUAUCACUGAUGAAGAAUAUACAAAUUGUGUAUUUCAAUUUUAAAUUUUUUUUUACUAUAAUAAAAAUAUUGUUUAUGAAGAAA